UAUAUUUACUGAGUUUUCCGGUUUCAGAGUCCGGUUUGCAGAACUUCCGUUGAUGUCAUGGUUCCAAAUCGAGAUAAAAUAUUGGCGGAGAUUAUGUCUCGGACUGCAACUGGGCAACAUGAAAUUGGGUCAACCAAUGGUUGACGACCAAGUCACUUUUUGUUCCUAUUCGACACGGCUGCCUAGCUUUACGGUUGACAGCUUACCAUGGAGCGUUCCUUCACGUUCACUGCGCUUCUGCUACUGCUUAAUCUAUCCUUCUCUUUGGCAUUCUACGGAAAUCGUGAUGCUGUUGUCGAAUUGACUCCCAAAAACUUUCGCGAAGUGGUCCUGAAGACCAAUCAACUGGCCGCUGUUGAAUUUUACGCACCUUGGUGUGGACAUUGUCAGAGGCUCGCACCUGAAUGGAAAAAAGCGGCUAAUAAUCUCAAGGGACUAGCCACUGUAGCGGCUGUGAAUUGUGAUGAUGAAAAGAAUCGUCCCCUCUGUGGUGAAUAUGGCAUACAAGGAUUCCCUACGAUCAAGAUCUUCCGUACCGAUCGAAAUAAGAAAUCGGGGGCUCGGACACGGAAACCCACAGAUUAUCAGGGUCCAAGAGACGCUAAAGCCAUUGUGGAUCACUUAUUAUCAAUUCAGCCAUCCAAUGUUCGCUUUAUCAAGCAGGAUGCAAGCAAAGUGAAAUCACAACGCAGCAUUCAUAUUGACGAUUUUCUCGCAAACCAAAAUGAAACUUUGCCUAAAGCGCUUCUAUUUACCGACAAGUCUACGACGACACCCUUGUACAAAGCUCUAUCGGUUGAAUUUGGUGACGAUCGCAUGCUAUUCGGUGAAAUCAAAAAAACGGAAAAGUCUAUUUUAGAUACCUAUAGCAUCAAGGCUUUUCCAACCUUGCUCGUCAUCACCUCUCAGAACGAACCCGUCAUUUACAAAGGCGCGCUAAAGUAUGAAGCAUUACGCCAAUUUUUGGAGCAACAUGCCCUGUCAAAAAAGGAUACGAAAUCAGCAUCCGCAGCUAAAGCAACAGCAGAACAACAACAGGUGACAGUGCAAGAACUCAACUCUGAUAAGGAAAUGGAACAGCACUGCAGUAGCUCGGCCAAUGUCAUCUGCGUGAUCGCCGUCGUGCCCACAGACGAAAAGGAAAAAGCCGAUACGGUGGAAUUAUUAAAAGAACUGAGCGCGGCCUCGUCACAGCGCUUUCACUUUGGUUGGAUUUUAGAAGACAGAUCGGCAAGUGUUGUGGGGAAGCUUGAUCUGGUACGCGAUUUCCCGACGCUUUUCAUCGUCCACACCAACAAACAGCUUUAUCGCCCUUACGUCGGUGCUUGGAAUAAGCAGAAUAUCAUGCAAUGGCUAGAUCAAAUUGCGUCGGGACGUACGCAGGCGUGGUCCUACCAAGGUUCGCUGAAGAUUGAUGCGAGCAAACAAUGGCGGGAUGAAUUGUAAAGAGUCUAUUGCUCUUUUGUACAAUUUACCUGGGAAUGACAAUAAAUCAAUGUAACGUUGCAACAAAUUUCUAUUUCUGGCUUUAUUCUAUCCGAACUGUGUGUUCAUUGGUCCGAUCCGUCAACGCAUC